AUGAAGUUAUUAAAAAUUCCAUAUUUUUUUCAAUACGGAUUAAAAUUAUUAGUUAGAAAUAUAUCGACCGGAAUUGAACCGGUUAAAACGGCUCUUUACGAUUUCCACGUUGAAAACAAUGGGAAAAUGGUGGAUUUUGCCGGUUUUCUUUUACCCGUACAAUAUGGUAGCGAUAGCAUAACAUCAUCUCAUUUACACACGAGAAAAAAUUGUUCCAUAUUUGAUGUGUCGCACAUGCUUCAAACUAAAAUCCACGGAAAAGAUAGAAUCGAAUUAAUUGAAAGAAUCACGACGGCGGAUGUUGGUGGAUUACCGGAAAAUAAGGGAAGUUUGACGGUAUUCACUGAUAAAGUUACCGGAGGGAUUUUAGAUGAUCUUAUCGUAACUAAAACCGGUGACGGUUAUUUGUACGUCGUGUCAAAUGCUGGAAGAAGAGAUCACGAUAAAGAUUUGAUGCUGAGAACGGAAAAAGAAAUGAAAAGUGAAAAUAAAAAUGUCGACGUUGAAUUUUUACACUUACACGAAUGGUCUCUAAUUGCCGUUCAAGGACCAGAAACUCCUGCCGUACUUCAGCCAUUAUGUGACGUACCAUUAGACAAAUUAUUUUUCAUGGAAUCAACGUUGGCAACAGUUGCAAACGUACCUGGAUGUAGAGUAACGAGAUGCGGUUAUACAGGAGAAGAUGGAGUUGAAAUAUCUGUACCAUCUGAUAAAAUAGUAAACGUGACUCGAGAACUUUUAAAAUCUAAAACAGGAAAUGUUAAAUUAGCCGGAUUGGGCGUAAGAGAUUCUUUAAGACUCGAAGCUGGUCUUUGUUUGUACGGUAACGACAUAGACACAUCGGUCACACCGGUAGAAGCUACCUUGGCAUGGUUGGUAUCUAAAAAAAGGAGAGAAAGAAAAGAUUUUCCAGGUUGGGAAAUUAUAUUAAAACAAUUAAAAGAAGGAACAUUGAAAAAAAGAAUAGGAUUAAAAUCAACUAAGGGUCCCCCACCGAGACACGAUUGCAUAAUUGAAAAUGAUUCUGGUAAUCCAAUUGGUAAAAUAACAAGCGGUUGUCCAUCACCAAGCAUAGGUGGAUCCGUUUCAAUGGGAUACGUUGAAAAAAAAUAUUCUAAAAAUGGCACUCAAGUUUUUGUUAAAAUAAGAGGAAAACAAUAUCCGGCAACGGUUACAAAAAUGCCAUUUAUACCAUCUAAUUAUUAUAACCGUUAA